UUUCAAUAGAAGACCAAGAUAGUAAAAUAUUCGUCACUUAAGAUUCUUUCUUCCUUUCAAGAUCUCUUUUUUAAUUACUUGCAUUGAUCCUCAAAAAUGGGUAUUCAGUUGAUUGGACUGUCUCACGCCAAGCAAAAGCUUCAAAGAAGCUUAUCAGCCAGAAUUGCGAGCCUCUUGGCGAUGUCGGGUACUAAUAAUGUCCCAAAGGGUCAUGUGGCCGUCUACGUGGGUGAGAAUUACCAAAUGAAGAGAUUUGUGAUACCUAUAUCAUAUUUAAACCAUCCAUUGUUCCAAAGUUUGCUGAAUCUCGCGGAAGAAGAAUUUGGGUUCGAUCAUCCCAUGGGAGGUCUUACAAUCCCUUGCACUGAAGACUACUUCACUGCUCUAGCUUCUAUUCUAAAUUGUUCAUGAUAAGGAAGCUCACUAUCAUCCCAAGAUUCAUUCAGAUUAUUUAUACAAAUAUAUUGUGUUUUUUUUCUUCUUUGAGUGUACCCAACUCAGUGUAGAGAAUAAUUUGAGAUUGAGAUACUGCGAGUCUCUUUCAGUUUUGGAUCUAAGAAGAUAUUGCCAGUUCUUUUAACUGUUCCACUUGUAAAGUAUUCAAUUUCUCAGAAAAUUAAUUUAUGUUUCUUUUCUA